AUGGUCUCAGAGAAGGAACAGAAGACUGCAAAAGUCCCAGUGUGGGAUUUGCCUGAUGUCCCAAAGGGAACCUUGCCCUCGCACCUCCAACUUCAGAGGACUCGUGUUCACUGUAAUUUCGAUGCGCCUGCCCAUACGGAGAGUAUUGCAUACUCGGGUGCCUAUACCGCAUUGGGAGUGGAUAACAGUUUGAGACUGGAGGAAUUUCGCAAUAAAUUCAGGGUGGAAGUAGUUAGACUCACAGAAGAUGACUUGGAAUUUGAUAUGAUUGGGAUUGAUGCUGCUCUUGCCAAUGCUUUUCGAAGAAUUCUCAUAGCUGAGCUUCCGACUAUGGCUAUUGAAAAUGUUCUCGUUGCAAAUAACACCUCUGUGAUUCAAGAUGAGGUGCUUGCCCAUAGACUGGGUCUUAUUCCACUUAAAGUCGAUCCAAGGCUCUUCAAUUAUAAGUCAGAAACUGAUGAACCGAAUGAGAAGAAUACUAUUGUAUUUAAACUUCAUGUACGUUGUGAAAAGAAGAGCCCACGUAUUAAAGUGACGACUAAUGACCUGGAGUGGCUACCAAAUGGCAGUGAGUUCGUAUUAAGUACACAGAAUCCGACUCCAGAUUCAAAUACAAAGACACAAACCUAUACAUCCUUCAAUUGUAGCCAGGCGUCUUUUCCAGAAUUUGUGAACAACCCAAUUGGCCCCAAAGAUAAAGAUAUACUUAUAGCUAAGCUUGGACCUGGACAGGAAAUUGAGCUGGAAGCACAUGCUGUGAAAGGAAUGGGCAAGACUCAUGCGAAGUGGUCACCUGUUGCCACUGCUUGGUAUAGGAUGCUUCCUGAGGUUGUCCUAUUGCAAGAAAUUGAAGAUGAAAUGGCUGAAGAACUCGUGAGGAAAUGUCCUAUUGGAGUUUUUGAUAUUGAAGAUGUCGGCAAUAGUAAGAUAAAUGAAAAAGAUAGACUUGGUUAUCAUCUACCCUUGAAAAAUCUCUUUUCCAUUGCUUAA